UCAACCAGCGCGACUGACACAGUAACCUCUGUCACUGGCCAGACAACCACUGACACAGUAACCUCUGUCACUGGCCAGACAACCAUGUCACCUGAACCUUCAGAAACAGUGACGUCUGAAUCUGCUGCUACCACCUUGGUAUCUCAAUCAACCAGUCCCACUGACACAGUAACCUCUGUCACUGGCCAGACAACCAUAUCACCUGAACCUACAAGUUCUACUGAGACUGCUGGUACCACCUUCGCAUCUCAAUCGACAGCUUCAACUGAUUUACUGACUGCACUCAACAGGUCAGUCGUUGUUAAUGUGGUGAUCAAUGAGGAAUUUAAUGAUAAAUAUGAUGACCAAACUUCACCUGAAUACAAAGAGUUUGUUGGAAACUUCACUAAACAGGUGAGAUUAUCAGAUGAAGCCAUGGCUAUCUACAGCAUGACACCAAGAGCACAAGGGUAA